AAACGCCAAUCUGGGGAUUUUGCAACUCCCAAAGUUCCUUCUCGCAACAGUUUGACAGCAGCGGAAGGAAGAAGAAGUGCGGCAGAGAGAGAGAGAGAGAGAGAGAGAGAGCAGCCGUCCACAAUGCCGGGGCACUAUGGCCCCUUGAGAAGCUCUCCUCCUCCUCAGCAAGGGCUGGCGUCAAGGCUGCUGCUCCUCCUCACCCUACUUCCUCUCUCUCUCGCCGCCUUUGCGUUCGUGCUUCAGUGGCGCGGCGGCCUCACCGAUCUCUCCACUAGAUGGCCCGGCGACGCCUCGGGGUUUCCCGGGAUGGGGAGUAGUCCCCUCGGUUCUAACCCUUCUUCCCUCCUCUCGUCCUCCUCCUCGUCGACGUCCUCCUCCGGCAGCGAUUGCUUCGAUCAUUUCGGCCGCGGUUCAUCCUCUGGAUUCCCGUAUUUGAAUGGUUGGGGUUUCGAUUUCCAGGCAGAACAGCACCCUAAGAUAUGCAUAACAACAAGCACAUCAGCUGGUCUAGAUCAGAUCCUGCCGUGGUUAUUUUACCAUAAAGUCAUGGGUGUUACAAACUUCUUUUUGUUUGUGGAAGGAAAGGCAGCAUCUUCAAAUGUGUCUGCUGUUUUGGAAGCCAUUCCUGGGGUGAAAGUGGUAUAUAGAACAAAAGAGCUGGAGGAGCAGCAAGCUAGAAGCCGUAUUUGGAACGAGACUUGGUUGGCAUCCUUUUUUUACAAGCCAUGCAACUAUGAACUUUUUGUCAAACAGUCGCUUAACAUGGAGAUGGCUAUUGUCAUGGCACGGGAUACUGGCAUGGAUUGGAUCAUCCAUCUGGAUACAGAUGAGCUCAUUCAUCCAGCUGGUGCUCAGGAAUACUCACUCAGGCGAUUACUCUUGGACAUGCCUGAGAAUGUUGAUAUGGUUAUUUUCCCGAAUUAUGAAAGUUGUGUUGAAAGGGAUGAUAUAAAGGAACCAUUCAGUGAGGUGUCCAUGUUCAAGAAGAACUAUGAUCACCUUUUAAAGGAAACAUACUUUGGGAUGUAUAAGGAAGCUACACGUGGUAAUCCUAAUUACUUUUUGACUUAUGGCAAUGGAAAAUCCGCUGCUCGCAUCCAAGACCAUCUUCGUCCUAAUGGGGCACAUAGAUGGCAUAAUUAUAUGAAGACACCAAAUGAAGUUAAGCUGGAUGAGGCUGCCGUUCUGCAUUUUACUUAUACCAAAUUCUCAGACCUUACUUCUAGACGUGACCGUUGUGGUUGCAAACCUACUAAGGAGGAUGUCAAGAGAUGUUUCAUGUUGGAGUUUGAUAGAUCUGCAUUCAUAAUUGCUUCAACUGCAACUGAAGGGGAGAUGCUUCAAUGGUAUCGAGAACAUGUAGUCUGGAAUGAUCAAGCUUUGAAAAUAAAGCUUCUGAGAAAGGGUAUCUUGACACGAAUCUCUGCUCCUAUGGUUAUAAUUCAAGGCUUGAGAGAGUCUGGAAUUUUCAAGGCGUUACUUGAGUCUACUAAAAACUCAAUAUCAAAGGAGAAAUUCUUAUCAUCCAUAGGGCACAGCAGCAACAUAUCUGAGGUACCAAAUAUAAGGGCAGGACGCAAGACACUUCCUUUGAAACCCAUGAACAGAGGGGGUAGCUACCAAGCAGCUUCUCGGAGAACCUUGGCAAUGACUGAUGCUUUACCGGAAGCAGUGCCUCCACUGUCUCCGCCAGCUGUGGAUGAUGAUCUAUUGAGGGGAACAUGAGAAGACUCGGACGUCAUGAUUGCCUCUUCUGAUUUAGUGAUAAUGAGAGAGAUUUUGAAAAGAAUAUGCACAAUUAGGAGAGAGAGCAGUCUGAUAUGUGAUGCGGGUUCGCUCAGCUGUUAACCUUUUGGGAUCUUCCCGAUCAUUACCCAAGCGCUGGUGUACAUUUUCUGGUUUCUGUUCCUGUGUCAGAAUUGUUGGCCUGUGCUCGCCUAACUCUGAUACAGAUUGUUCAUUAUGGAAUUCCUGACUCGGCCACUUGAUGUAUAAAAGGAAUAUUGUUGAGACAGAAGGGUACGAUGACACAUUCUUAACUAGAAGUUGUAGUUCAUUAUAUAUAAUUUUUUUUUGAAGGCCCUCUUAUGUGACA